GAAAUGCCGGUCGAUAUAGAUAGCGGACUUGGUUGUUUUGUUCACUCCCGCGUCCGCACUCCGGACAGGCGGAUGACAUAAGCAGCAGCGAAACGGACGGCGGACGGAACCGGAAAAACUCGCGUACAGGGACUUCGUCGUUCCCUAACGAGAACGUCUCUUGGGAUCACUGUGUUUCUGCCCCGGAAUUGCCAAUUAUCGAACCGGUCGAAUACCCCUUACGAGCGACCCGGCUCUUUUUAUCUUUGAUUUGUCUUCUUCAUUGCUGCUCCGGAAGCCAGGGGUCUUCGCAAAAUGUCCACUUCGCAGGGUGUUAAUGUUCUCCGUUAUUCGGCUCUCGCUGCCGGUCUUGCGUAUGGUGUCUACCACCAGUCUUCGCUUAACUCCCAUGCUAGACGUGCGGAGGCCGACCGUGAAUAUGCCCGUAAAGCAGCCCUGAUCGAGCAGGCCAAGGCAGAAUGGAAGAAGAAGACCACACCUCAGCAGUCCCAGACACAAACCAGUGGAGUUAUUUCGGAUCCCGCGGACAACCGGUUUGACUUGGAGGCCUACUUGAAGGCGAAACUCGGGGAGUAAAUGGAUCAUGGAGAUGAUUGACGGUUGAACAUGCAAUGAGGAAGAGUUGGCAAUUAUCGUUUCAGUGCAAAGAUCGUGCCUCCCAGGGUACGGUACGGGCUUCACCCCGUUGUGUAUUAUUUGUUUGGUAUAAUUCCCAGAGUCGUGUCUUUGCGAGCGAAAAGAAGGAAUGUUUUUUUUUUCUCUUUUGUUCUCUUUUAAUUACUAGACAUUAUCUCUGAAUCUUGUACAUACCCUGGGCUGUUGUACGGCUGUACUAUGUACACUACAAUUAAACCAGAGAAAGCAAGUGUUUGUUUUAUUGUCCCACUCUGAUCUUCCACCGGCUUGCUUUGCUCUGUCAAUGCUCGGUUCCCAAUGCUGUUGGUCCUAAUCCAUGCCUCAUGAACCGUUAUCCCCGAGAAUUCGGGGGUGGACAACCUUGAAUCUUGACGCGAUGGGUAUGGUCCAAGAUGCUUAACGUAUGUGGUAUCUGU